AUGGCCGGUACUUUAUCUAGAAAUAUUGCAAGGUCUUUUUUCGCCAAGAGUCAACCAGAAGGAGCGGGCGCUACAGUUCGAAGAUGCAUAGGUGGAUCAAGAACUUUAGAUCCAUUUUUGAUGUGCGAUAUAUUUGAAGUUGUCCCACCUGCAGGAUUUCCCGAUCAUCCUCAUCGAGGAUUUGAAACAGUUAGUUAUUUAUUAGAAGGAGCAAUUGCACAUGAAGAUUUUGUAGGGAACGUGGGAUUGAUUGGACCCGGUGACGUUCAGUGGAUGACCGCGGGUCGUGGCGUAGUUCAUGCUGAAAUGCCUGCUUCAAAGACGCCAUGUCGUGGUAUUCAACUUUGGAUAAAUUUAGCACGAGAAUUCAAAAUGAUUGAACCUUCUUACCAAGAUCUAAAAGAUUCGGAAAUUCCAAGAGCGAAACCCGAACCUGGAAUUGAAGUAAAGAUCAUCGCAGGAGAAAGUUUCGGAGUAAAAAGUACAGUAUUUACUAGAACUCCUACAAUGUUUAUGGAUUUUAAACUUGAAAAAGGAAAAAGAGUUGAACAAAAAAUUCCAAAGGAUUAUUCGGGAUUCAUUUACGUUUUAAGUGGGAAUGGUUACUUUGGUGGAAAUCAAUUUAAAGGCGAAGAACAUCAUGCAUUAUUUUUGGAGAAUGACAAUGGAGAUUAUUUACCCAUAGAGGCAAAAGAUACAGAUUUAAGGUUUAUGCUGUUUGCAGGAAAACCAUUGAAGGAACCUGUGGUGAAUUAUGGACCUUUCGUUAUGAAUUCGGAAGAAGAAAUAUUUCAAACAAUGUCUGAUUAUGAAAAAGCUACAAAUGGAUUUGAAAAAGCAAAAAAAUGGCGAUCGUCAAUUUCCAAUGGGGUUACUAAACUAUUACAAUAA